UUUAUCCACUCAAACGCACACAACAACAGUGUUGUCAACACACACAGAGGACAGGAAAACACGGGCAAAGAGGGUCGAGAGGAGCUGAAGUCAGUGCAUCUGUCCCAUCAUGGCUCUAUCAGGAUCUCAAUCACCGGAUGAUGCUUUGCACGGCUCUUGGGUGGAGCUGGAGGGUCUGGUGUCUUCUGCAGGUCAGACAGAGGUUCAGGACUCCUCGGCCUCUUUCCUGCAGGGGGAGCUGGAGAGGAUUCUUCUGGAAGCUCAGCUGGAGUGUGAGAGGAGCAGUCAAACAGAAAGUCCUCCACAGGUCGUGACCCCGAGAACAUCGGGAUCUCCCAAACCAGGCAGUGAGGGCAGCAGCAGCACAGAUUGUGUGACUAUACAGUCGGACGAGAAUGACAGGCGAGUGAGUGCCGAAUGGGUGUGGGACUGGUCCAGUCGGCCAGAAAACCUCCCUCCCAAGGAGUUUGUGUUUCAUCACCCAAAGCAGCCCGGCUCUCUGAGCGUGAGGAAGACGGAGGUGAUGAAGAGGGGUUUGUUUUCUUCAGACGUGCUCCUCAUCCUCCUGCCCUCUCUGCUCGCCUCACAUGCUCUGACGCUGGGUCUGGGAAUAUACAUAGGAAAACGGCUGGCGUCCUCCUCCACCAGCACGCUGUAACAUGUGACAUUUGGCAGCUCACCGAUUGGCUGAGGCCGCUGCCAUUAGCACUGCAGCCCAAUCACACUUCUCUUCUCUUCCUGUGAUGGGCAGCAGCCUCUUCUGCCUCUGUCUGUGUUUCUUCCGUCCCACCGCAAAACUCUCUUUCUCUGUCUCCAUGUAUUUAAAGGGGUCAUAUCGCCAAGAAUCAAAUUGACUUUGAUACGUUUAGAUAAAAGAGCCUGACGUUCCAUGAAAGCAUAUGAUUCAGAAUGAUAUGCAUUUCAGAAAUCAAAACUUUCUUCCCAAAGGAGAAAAAGCUAUAACUGAAUCUCCUCUGAAGACCUAGAUUAAAAAUAAAAUUUUGCACAUAAAACGAACAUUGAUUUGCAUUAGGUUUAACAUAAACUGAUACGCUUAAUGUGACGUGUGUUUUGAAAUCGUGCAUAAAUGAAACCACUAAGAUUUAAUUGAUUUCACAGUGGUCAGAUUUAUGCUGAUUCUAAACAAAUUUAAUUAAUAAAAAAUUAAUAAAUCAAUAAAUUAAAUAGAUGCAGGUAUUUAAUAAUAAAAUAAUAACGGAGUGCAGGUUUCUGAGCCAUUUCAUUUAUGCAUGUCUGGCAAAUAUUUAAAUACACACAUUAAGUUUAUUAGUUUUUGUCAGAACUGCGUACCCCAAUGAACGGAAGUUUUAUAAGCAAUACAUAAAUAUUAUAUGCUUAAAAAAUAGAAAUCGGUAUUUUGGAUUUCAGACUGAUUAAUACGUUUUCACGUGAUUGACCAGAGGAGUCAGAACAGGUCAAAAUGUUCAUGCAAAGAAAAUUACGUUUGUUAUUUAUGCAAAAAAUUAUACCCGGAGCUCAGGGAAAUUUUUAUGUAUGAUAUGACCCCUUUAACCCCAUGAGAGUGUCUUUUUAAGACUAAUCUGUCCCUCUAAAUAUUUCUGUAGUUGUUACGUCCACGAAGGACCGCGUCCAUGUGUGUGUCAGGUAUAACACAGUACGAUUACUACAGGGAACACAGAAACAGUAAUGCACUGAAAUCAGAAAACUGACAGUGAGCGAAGCAAAAAAGUAUUAUUUUACAUAUAAAUGAAAUGCAAGUCAUACAUUGAGUUUGAAAUCGAGUUCAGUCGUGGAUAGUGUAUAUGACUGAAUCCUUUUGUGUUUGUGUGGUGCAAAAUAAUGUGAAAAAUCUCAUGUUGAAGUAACGUGUUUGAGAUGUAGACCAUUCCAUGUAGUAACGUGAAGUUAACUGGAGUUCAUCAGGUCAUCUGCUCAGAUUGAUCUUGUUUGUAACAACUCAACCACAAUAAAUGUCACUCUUGCCACCUUCUGAUUGGUCUGGUGUGUAAAAAUGAAUGUAGAUGUAGCUCUAUUGAACAGAUGAGAGGCUUUCACCUUUAGCUAAAAAAUAUGGAACAUUACCUUGAGUGUAUAAUAGCUUGGAAUAGAAAUGCCAUGAUAAAUGAAUAUGAUUAUUAUGGGUAGUUAUAAAAUAAGUGUCUGUUGUCACCAUUUUUUUAGUCAUGUUUUUCCUGUGUCCUGUGAUGUGACGAUUGAAUAAUAAAAAAAAUGCUAAUAA